UUACUCCAAAGCCCUCGCCUCUCCGGCCGCUGAGCUCAUAUUCAAGUUCUACGAUUCGUUCCAGUUCGAGGAUUCCAUCGAGUCUGCCGAGAGAUUCUACGGCGAGGUCGAGCAGAGUGUUGAGAUGUUCCUGCGGAACAACGAGAAGAAGAGUGCGUCUGAGACUUGGUUGAGCUUUCUUGAUUCCGAGGGAGAUGGAGAGGAUAGUGGGAACGAGUUCGAGGCUGAGUUUAGGUUUGCUGUUGUUUUGUGUUUGGGUGUGGCGGCGUUGCUUGCUUUCAUGCAGCAGAAUGUCACUGGGCCUGUCGUGGUGUUUUCUCGUUUCCCCUUGUCAUUUCCUCAAUCAAAGAUGGGUCAAGCCAUUAAUGGCGGAGGGAUGUGGGAUAUAUGGGCCCGGAGUCAGCUGAUGUCGGUUGGCUGUGGCCUUCUUGGAAAAUUCACGCACUUGCAGUACAUUGUUUAUGGAAAGAUUCUGUUAAGCAAGGCAAAGGAUUUGUCCAUUCAGUGGAGAGAUUCCUGUUUGAGUGGUACCAGAAGCAUUUCGUGGUGGUUGUGCAGGCUCAUUCUUCUUCAACAGAGAAUUCUAGAUGAGCUAUCAUCCUCUUUGUAUGACCUGCUGCAAGUAUGUAAGAAGGAAAUAUUGAAUCAAUUUGGUGAAUUAGACUAUGUCAUUAACUAUUGGGGAUCUCUGUUAUACGAAGGAGAAGCUGCAGCAAUUGUAUCCAUGGCUCAGCUAGAGGCGGGAAUUUUAGAAUAUAAAUAUGCUCGGGUUGAUUCAUUAAGAUUGCAUCUUGAACGUGCUGAAGAAGCGUGUGGAAUGCAUCAUUCAGUUACUGGAGUUCUUGGCUUUCGGACAAUACACCAGGUGGAUCCCACUGCUCAACUAGUACUUGUUCCAAACACAAAGAACCAAGUAAAUGGUGGCAGGCAGUUGGCAAAGUUCCCACAGACCACAAGUGAUGGUUCUUCUGAAGACAAAAUGAAUACACUUCCUCAGGAAUGUUCUGAUGUUCUAAUUAAACCAAGAUUGGUAGAAAGUAGGGGCCAGACUGAUGGUAAUUCUGGCAUUGGCAACGAUGCUAAAUUGACAGCAAUCCAGCAAGCUGUUAUACUAGCACAAUGUCUACAUCUCCAAACUAGGGGUCGUAAUGAUGAGUUGUCAAAGUGGGAAAUGGCCCCAUAUAUCGAAGCUAUUGACAGCCAACAUCAAUCUUUCUACAUUAUUAGAUGCUUGUCCAACAUCUUACGUGUUCGAUGGGAGUCCAGUCGCAGUCAUACAAAGGAGCGUGCUUUUCUUAUGAUGGAUAAGCUUGUUGAAGCUAUUAAAGAAAAUUUACCGAUGGUUGCCCAAAGGAUUCAAGUUUCAUUUGCGGUUUACCUCCCAACUAUACCUGCAUUGCGCAAAGAAUAUGGAGAGCUGUUAGUAAGUUGCGGCAUGAUUGGAGAGGCACUUAAAACUUUUGAAGAUCUUGAACUUUGGGAUAAUCUUAUCUUUUGCUAUCGCUUAUUAGAUAAGAAGGCAGCUGCUGUUGACCUUAUCAAGGCAAGAUUGGUUGAUAUGCCUACUGAUCCGAGGUUAUGGUGUUCACUUGGUGACGUAACAAACAAUGAUGCUUAUUAUGAGAAAGCAUUGGAAGUUUCAGACAAUAAAUCUGCUCGAGCUAAGCGAUCUCUAGCUCGUAGUGCAUACAACAGGGGUGAUUAUGAGACAUCUAAAAUUCUAUGGGAAUCUGCAUUGGCCAUCAAUUCUUUGUUUCAAGACGGGUGGUUUGCACUUGGAGCAGCUGCAUUAAAGGCUGGAGAUUAUGAAAAAGCUUUGGAUGGGUUUACUCAUGCCGUGCAGCUUGAUCCUGAAAAUGGAGAGGCUUGGAACAAUAUUGCUUUCUUGCAUAUGAGGAAUAAGAAGAGCAAACCAGCUUUCAUUGCAUUUAAGGAAGCACUAAAGUUCAGGAGGAACACUUGGCAACUUUGGGAGAAUUAUAGUCAUGUUGCUAUUGAUAUUGGCAAUUUUACCCAGGCAUUGGAGGCCAUUAAACAGGUACUUGAUUUAUCCAAUAAUAAACGGGUAGAUGUUGAGUUAUUGGAUGUUGUGAUGAGGGCCAUUGAGGAAAAUGCCUCUGAAACUGCAGAUUCUGCUGCUUAUGGCACUGGAAGAAAUGAUGAACAUACUCCCCAAAGAGAUUCCUCUAAUUCUAUGACCGACUCUUGUGUAGUGUCUAUAUUAUCUUCUAAAAAACAUGAUACAAAAACAUGUCCAGGUGAUUCUAUGAUUGACACCUCUGAAGAGUCUGCACACUCUGAACAGAGUCUCCUUAAUCCUAGAGAAAUUGAUCUUCUGAUGAACAUGCUUGGCGGUAUUCUAGCUCAGAUUGUUAAAAAUGGUGGCGUAGCAGACAUAUGGGGCCUGUAUGCCAGGUGGCACAAAAUCAAAGGCGAUCUGCUUAUGUGUUCUGAAGCCCUUUUGAAAGAAGUUAGAUCAUACCAGGGUUCAGACUUAUGGCAUGAUCAAGAUCGAUUUAAAAAAUUUGCUCAUGCUUCUUUGCAACUCUGCAAGGUUUACAUGGAAAUUGCAUCUUCAUCGGGGAGUCGGCGAGAGCUCACGAUGGCUGAGAUGCAUUUAAGAAACUCAGUGAAGCAGGCUGUGAAGUUCACUGAUACAGAGGAAUUCCAGAAUCUGCAAGCCUACCAUGAAGAAGUAAAGAGGCGCCUAAGUGUCAUUUCUGAUGGAGCCUAAUUGUGAUGAUUGUCUUCAUGAUGAUUGGUUUUUAAGCAGCAAGUAUUUAUAGUUUUCUAUGUUUUUUAAUAAAUCAGGUUAAAAAUAAGGUGAGGAAGAUUGAAUUAUUAAUGAGUUUUGACCAUUUGUUGAUGAAUUUAUCUAAUUGGUUUGCUUGCAGGGAGAAACAGCAGCAUCACAUCGGUUGAUAUAGUUUUUAGACUUCGGUUCCUGUGGCCAUAUUGGCUUAGUUUGAAGAUGAUCAAGUGGCACCAUGAAGCCGUAUAUAUUAUUUAUGGAUGUAUUAUUUAUGGAUUUCAUAAUAUCAUCUGCUUCAGAAAGCUUCAACCUGAAUUUAACUAGCGUGAUCGAUAGCAUAUGUUCAUGUAAACUAGAUUAGGUAGCUCAAUCUUUAUUUAUUCUGCAACACCUUGUAAAGAAACAAGUCAUUGGUGUAUCUGUAUUAUUACUAUGUUAGAUUUUGGUGUUCUGGUAUAUUCUUGUAACUUGUAACACUGUAAUGACGAUUGAGGAUAAACAAGUCCAAAAUAUAUGUUUGAUUGAUUCA